AUGAAAAAACGUUUGCUCGAUACUUUGCAACGAAGCUUUCCUGAUGGCGGCGUUGACCCAUCCGCCAACGAACCAUCAUCAACAGCAGACUCAUUAGCCAUGGGCUCGAAUGUCUCAUCAACCAGACCGGCCGCCGAUUGGCUCAGGAUGAGCUCAGCAAGACGGACUACCGGACUCCAAAUUCGAUGCAGAAAAAUAUCAGAGCAACAAGGUCGGGCUAUCGCGAGAUUGGUUAGACUCGAUUAA